AUGGCCAACGACCACAUCCUUACCCUGUCCUGCCCGGAUAAACCAGGAAUCAUCCACGCGGUAACGAGAAUCUUCGCCCAGAACAGCCUCAACAUCCUCGACCUGCAACAAUUCAGUGACCGAACCUCAGAAAAGUUUUUCAUGCGAGUCCACUUUGGGCCAGCGGACGACACGGAAUUUUUAACACCAUCCUUCAACGAAUUGGCCAAUGAGAUCAAGAUGGAUUACGAAGUACGGCCCGUUAUGCAGAAGCCCAGGGUGUUGAUCAUGGUAUCCAAGAUCGGACACUGUCUCAACGACCUCCUGUUCCGACAGAAGACAGGCCAACUAAGCAUCGACGUACCCCUGAUCGUUUCUAACCAUCCAGACUUCGAGCCUCUGGCGCAGAGCUACGGCAUUCAAUUUCACCAUCUACCUGUGACCAAGGAUACCAAGGCCGAGCAGGAACAACGAAUCCUCGAACUCAUCAAGGAAAAUAACAUUGAACUGGUCGUCCUGGCACGGUAUAUGCAGGUGCUGUCACCGACACUGUGCGAGGCCAUGUCGGGCAAAAUCAUCAACAUCCAUCACAGCUUCUUGCCCUCCUUCAAAGGUGCCAAGCCCUACCACCAAGCUUACGACCGAGGGGUCAAAAUCAUCGGCGCCACUGCACACUUUGUAACGGCAGAUCUUGAUGAGGGCCCCAUCAUCGAGCAGCGUGUCGCUCGAGUCGACCACAGCAUGGCGCCCAAAGAACUUGUCGAUGAGGGCAGCAAUGUUGAGAGCCAAGUCCUCGCCGCUGCGGUGAAGUGGUGGUCCGAGAAGAGGGUGUUUUUGAAUGGUCAUAAGACCGUUGUUUUCAGCUAA